CACACACUUAAAAUAACAGUAAUAAUAUCCUUAGAUUUAUAUUAUAUUUUUUAAAUUACAUAUAUGGGUGUGAAUCAAUUCAACCAAUACAGCACACUAAAUAAAUAAAAGGAACAAUAAGAAUGGAUGUACCAUUAAUAAGAGUCAACGAUGUUUGUUUAUUAGUUUUAACAUUUUUAAAAGAUGAAAGAUUUAAAGAAACUCAUGAAGUAUUUUCAAAAGAAUGCCAUGGUUAUAUUAAAAGUCUUUUAAAAUCGCAGACAAAAGCAGUUAAAUCUUUGACUUCAAUUUUAAACGAAUAUAUAUUGUUAAAAGAGGAAAAAAAAAAAAGAGAUUCAUUUUUAAAUUCAGUUUCAUUAAAUUCAAAACUAUCAGUAUCAGAUCCAUUUUAUGAUAAAAUAUUAACAUCAUUAGGAUCAAUAUUUAAUAUAAUCGACGAUUAUUCAACUUAUAAAACUAUAUUAUCGAAAGAUGUUUCAAAUACAACUUCAAAUGAUGAUCCAAUUUCUAAUGUAUUUUCAGGGUAUAAACGAAGAAAAACUGAGAGAAUAGAAAACAAUACUAUUAUAAAAACAGAAAAUAAUAUUAAUCAAACAACUACAACCAAAACAUCAACAGGUAGUAAUUUCAAUAGAACCAAUAGUUCAGGAAUUAUAAAUAGUAGUAAAAUCAAUAACAAUGUUAAUAAUAAUAAUAAUAACAAUUUUAAUAUCAAUAACAGCAAAAACUUAAAUAGUAACAUAAAUAAUAUGACAGUUAAAAAUAGUUUUGAUAUAGGUAGUUCUGGACCAAUAGUAUCAAAUACAGUUUCAAAUAAACCAACUAACUAUACACCAUUAAUACCCUCAACCAAUAGUAGUGUCACACCAAUAACAUCAUCAACUACUAUAAGUGGUUCUCAAGGUAAUUUUACACCACAAAAGACUCAAGAAGGUUUGAAUAAAAGAAAAAGUUCUACCCCAAAGAAACUAUCGACAUCACCAAAUAAUAUGACACAUUUGACUACUCAACCAUUUACAAGUAUUAAUAGUAUCAAUAAUAAUGGUAAUGGUUUUACUCAAAUAACAAGCUCAUCAGUUUUGGGUGGUAAUACAAAUGGAAAUUUAAUAAAUAUUUUUAAUAGUAGUGAUGGUAAUAAUAUAAAUAAUUCUAUUAAUAACUCUAUUAAUAACAACAAUAACAGUACUGUAAAUAACAAUAUAAACAAUAAUAAUAGUUAUAAUAGUAUGAAUAUGAAUAAUAAUAUAAAUAACAUGAAUAAUAAUAAUUUUAACAAUGGUAUCAAUGUUGAUUUCUCUUUAUUAGAUGAGAAGAAUUUUGAAGAAAUGUUAAACAAUCCAAAUAUUGCACAAAAAUUAGCAGAACUAAUCAAUACCCAGCUAAAUGAUAAUACCACCACAACCAAUAACUCAAAUAUAUUAACAAGUUUACCGUCAGCUCAAACAACACCAAUGGUUGGGGGAGCAACAAACAGCACAAAUACCUUUUUAUCACCAGAAUUUAAUAAUCCUAUAAAUAAUGAUUGGGGGAACAGUAAUCCUAUGGAAUAUGAGGUUUUAGACUAUAUACCAACAACUGAUUUAAGUCAAAUUAAUGUAGAUACUAUUCUAGAUUCUAUGGAGGAUGAUUUUGCAAUUUUUUUAGGAAAAUCUGACAAUGUUUUAGAAAACCAAGAUUUAAAUAGUGGUAGCAUUGAAGGUAUUCUCGGAGAUAACAGGUCACCAUUUUCAAUAUCACCAACAAAUCCCAAAAAAAAACAAUUUAAUAAUUUAAGUAAUAAUAAUAAUUUAUAUACAAACAAUACCAGUGGAAAUUUAAUUGAUAAUAUUAUUAGUAAUGUAAAUAAAUCCAAUAAUAAUAUUAACAAUAGUAAUAAUUUUAAUAAUAAUAAUUUUAAUAAUAAUAAUAAUAAUAAUAAUAAUAAUAAUAUUAAUAAUAUUAACAACAAUAAUAAUAAUAAUAAUAAUAAUAAUAAUAAUAAUAAUAAUAAUAAUAAUAAUAAUAAUAAUAGUAUUAAUAAUAAUAUAAAUAAAAAUAAUAAUAAUAUAAACAAUAAUGUCAAUGUAAAUAAAGAUCAAACAAAUACUCAAGAGUUAGAUAGCAUUAAAAAUAGCAAAGAAAAGAAAGAAUGUGAUCAAGAUAAAAUAGAAAUGAUAGAAGAGGUAGAUAGUGGAUCAAUUUCUUUCAACUUUAAAUUAUCAUUAAAUUUUUGUUAAAGAAAAAUCGAUUGUCUUAACAACCAAAAGAGAUUAGAAAGUUUCCAUUGUAAAAUAUUUAAUAAAUUUAAUAAAUAAUAGAUAAUAUUAAAAUAC